AUGGCCGGCCUCGCGGGCGAGCUGCCGCCCGGCGCCGGCGGCUGCCUAUCUGCGUGGCGCGAGGCGAUGUGUGAGGCUGGCGGGCGUGGCAAUGCCUAUGACACCAGGUCGCAGGAGAGGCUGCUCCGCACCGCCGGAGAGGCGCUCGAGGAGCCUCUCUCUGUCGACGAGUGCCUCGAGAGGGCGGGCGGCUGGGGCGCCUACCAGCGCUCGCUCAUGCUCACCCUCGGCACGUCGACCGCCGCGUGCGCCGUGCACAUGCUGCAGCCCAUCUUCCUCGCGCCGCUGCUGGACUGGCCGCUCACGCCGGUGCAGCGCGGGCUCGUCUCGUCCGCCUUCUUCGCGGGAUACGCCGUCGGCGUCUUCGGCUGGGCGUGGCUCUCCGACCGGCGAGGCCGGAGGCGCGGGAGACAAUAUGCACACCUCUCCUUCCCGCCCCGCCACGCCACAACAAAGGUGGAACCCCCCCCACUUCCCCCCGGGUAA